AUGGCGCCCAAAUCGCUCGUCACCUCAUUACGCGACCGCUACCUCUCUACCAUCCGCUCGGUGCAGCCGCCAUCAAGAUGGAAAGUCCUCGUGGUCGACUCCUUCACCAAGGAGCUCCUCCAAUCGGUCCUCAAGAUGUACGAUAUCCUCCAGGAGAACGUCGCACAGGUCGACAACAUCGAGCUCAACCGUGCUCCUCAGUCGACGCUCGAGGCCUGCUACCUACUCACUCCCACCAGUCAGAAUGUCGACCGCAUCAUCCGAGAUCUCGCACCCUCCGAACCCGGCAAGCAGCCAACCUACGCUGCCGGCCACAUCUUCUUCGUUGACAGUCUCUCCGAUGCGCUCGUGCACAAGCUCACUUCCUCGCCAGCCGAACCCAAGCUCAAACAGCUCCUCGAGCUCUAUACCAACUUCUGGCCACUGGAAUCUCAGGUCUUCUCCCUCAAAUCACCGCACAGCUUCCUCAACCUCUUCCAACCCGUAGGCGGCCUUUAUGGUCCAGAUCCCAUGGAAGCCAUGCGUGCCAUCCAGGAUGAGCUUCAGUUCUCCACACAGGCCAUCCUCAAUGUCUGCGUCACACUCAACGAGUUCCCCUUAAUCCGGUAUUACAAUCCAUCUCAUCCACCACUCGGUCCACUUCAGCCGUCCAAGGAUGCCGUCAAAUCCCAAACAGCUGCUGCCAACAUGUACCAGGGUAGCGCACGCAUGGCUCGACUAAGAGGAGGCAACAACGACGGCGGUAUACCAGGUGCAGGCUCCGAAGGUCCCGCUGUCGGAGAGCAUUUCACCAAAAAGCUCGCCCUUAGCGUACAGGCUGCCAUCGACCAGUACGUUCGCGACAACGAGCCCAAGGUGGAGACCAGUCGACCUCGCAGCGUCCUCUUCAUCACCGACAGGUCCAUGGACACCGCCGCUCCUUUCCUCCACGAAUUCUCCUACCAAGCCAUGUGCAACGACCUGCUGGCCAUCCAAGACGGUGUGCGCUACAACUAUACCUUCACCACAUCCGACGGCGAGCGCGAGGACAAGGAAGCCAUCCUCUCCGACGAGGACAAUGUCUGGACCGGUAUCCGUCACCUCCACAUCGCUGAAGCUAUCGACAAGCUCACGCGCGACUUCAAGCAGCACGCGGGAGAACAGGGUGCCUUCGCAGACCCCAACUCCUCGCUCAACGACAUGCGCGAUAUGCUCGCCUCGCUCCCGCACAUGCAGGAGAUGAAGGAGAAGCUCUCGCUCCACCUCACCAUGGCGCAGGAGUGCAUGAACCGGUUCGAGAAGUCCAAGCUCCCCGCGCAGGCGAUGGUGGAGCAGAACUGCGCCACACGCUUGACACCCGAAGGUCAGAAACCCAAGACGUUGGUCGAAGAGAUGGUCCCCCUCUUGGACGAUAGAUCCGUCACGAAUACCGACAAGGUACGCAUCAUCGCGCUGUACAUCAUGUACUGCGAUGGCGUGCCGGAUGAGGACAGGAAACGGUUGUUCCAGCACGCGCGGUUGGGGAGGUGGGAGAUGGAGGCGGUGGACAACCUGGUGCAUCUGGGUGCGCAGGUGGUCAAGGAUCCGAGCAGUUCCGGGUGGGAUGUGUUUUGGAAGAAGGGCAAGAGGAAGCAGCAGCCGGUGGGUGGCGAGGAGUACGAGCUGAGCAGGUACCAGCCGUUGGUCAAGCUGAUGGUGGAGGAUCAUUUUGCGGGGAGGUUGGAGCAGGCGACGUAUCCGUAUGUGCGGGAUGCGCCGGUGGAGGCGGCGGGUGCGGGUGGGUUGGGGUUGCCGGCGGUUCAGACGUCGGCGUUGGCGAGGGUGGGAUUGGGUGCGACGAGCAGCAGCGUUUCGCCGGCGGGAGCGGGAGCGAGAACCCAACCGAGCAGUUUGAGGAGCGCCAAACCGACAUGGCAUCAGAAGGGACGCGGUGGCAGCAACGUGGGUAUCGAGAGGGUGGAGAAUCGACAGAGGGUGAUGGUGUUCGUAGCGGGUGGAAUGACGUACUCGGAGAUGAGGAGUGCGUAUCAGAUGAGCGAGAGAUUGGGUAAGGAUGUCUACAUUGGAUCUUCGAAUACGUUUACGCCGGAAUCGUUUGUCGAGGUGAUGAAGCAUUUCAGCAAGGCUGGUGCGAGGGAUGCUGCCUCGCGUGGCCAACAACACCAUCAUCAUCAGAAACACCAUCAGCAGGAGCCGGAGCAGCAGCAGACGAAACUUCCCGCUGGUGCAUCGAGACUCUCCAAACCAGCUAACGAUCGGAGCGCCAUCCGAACCACCUCUCUGCAACACGGUGCGUACCCGGCCUCGCAUUCGAACGGCGGUGGGGUGAAGCACACCGGAUACGCCGCCUCGCCCGUCUCGCCCGUGGAUCAAAGCAGCUACGAUCGACGCUUCCAAACGCACCAGCAGACACCGUCGCCGUCGGUGCCACCGGUGUCGGCACAGCACGCGUCGAGCAUCCCACCCCACCUAACGGGUAGUGCGCAGGACGGUAGGAGCGCCAGUCCAGCUCCUAGCCAAGCUUCCGAUCUCAGCAUGAGGUCCAAGGAGAAGAAACGGUUGAAGAACGUUUUCGGUUUCAAGAAGUCGUAA